UCGAACAGCUUUAUACUAUACGCCUCCAUCACCUAUUUUGUAUCUUAAGGGCUUCCAUGUUAAUAAUUGAAACAUAUCCACCGGUAAUGAAUCACUUAUUCCUUUCUACGAAAAAUCAAACUGUUUCGUCAUGACGCUCCCAUCGCGAGUGGCAAAGACUUCUCGGAAAAUCUUACCACUCCGAGGCCUCAGCUAACUACAACUGAUUGGCAAGGAUUGAGGCGUUGGGCGAGGGGACAAGUUUCUCUUGGGUCGUUCGUCGUCACGGCAUCUACUCCUCUCGUGGCUGCUGGGGGCGACAGCAAAACGAUCUGUUGUGCUAUGUGUGCUCAGCUGAACACGAAACACCGGCCAACAACCACGCUCAGGUCCGUUCUCUUGGCGUUUUCUGCACGCUCGCAAUUUCUCCCACACUCUCGGUUGUUCUCGCCGUUCUCGGCAUACUCUAUCUCUCGCUUCCCGGACCCAACCGGAUUGUGAUCGUGAUAAUCGAGCACGCAUCAGCUGGAGUACCUGUUUUCGAUCACGAUAGAGAGCGGGGUGGACCUAGGCGAAGAAAAACAGGGUGACGGCGUGCGCUAUAGGACGCAAAGCGCGUGUCCGUGUCGCUGGCGCGCGAUCGUGGCGUUUAGUCUGUAAAGCGCGCUCGAACACGCCUGAUCGAGGCCUCGAGAGUAGAACACGAUCGCAGGCGCGCGCGCGUGUUUUCGGUGUGGACGAUCGUCCCCGGUUCGUGUGCACUUGCGUUGGAUCUCGCGAACCUUCCGUGUUGUGCCCACAACCAGAAUGCGCAUUGUCCGCGUCGGUGCAGUUGUCGUUGGCAGUUGGCAGUGGCACGCAGGAUCAAUGUGGUUGCAAAGGUGUCCUAGUGGCAGUAGAAGAACCGACCGCGCAUUGUGCAGUUAAAGUUGUUUAAAGUGGCAGCUGACAGCUUUCGGGCAAUAUAAUAGAGAGCGUUCGUUUACCACCGGUGCAGUGUGUUCAACAGAAAAAGAGCCAGAAAAUAUCGUGGAGUAUUAUCGGGAGGCAUUUCGAUUUACUUUUUUGGAUUGCGGCGAAAAUCCGACAGUAAAUCAGGAAAAGAACGGAGAUCCCUGGAGUGUCAGCCAGCGCAGCAACUCGCACAGCCCGUGUCCGACGCCAACGCGCAAUCGAUCUCCUUGCUGCGUACUGCCGCAAACGAAAAGUAGCAGAAAAGGGUCCUCGUGACGCUUAUGCCAAACAGUGCCAAAAUCUAGCCGAAAAGUGUAAAUGCUUCAAUGUGCAUUGUUGUGUGUCUGUGUCUAUAUGUGUCUGUGUGUUUAGCUUAAAAAUAGUGAUAAUUCUGUGUGAGUCUGUGUGCGUAUGUCCCUUUUGCCGUACCACUGCUGCUAGGCAUCGAGUGUGUGUUACGCUGCAUCUCGGACCCCAACUGCUUUGCAUUUCAUUCAGGCAGUGGCGAGAUGAAAGUAAUCAACUGCGAUGAGCUGAUCCUGAACGUUCAACGCCUCAAGGCGUACGGUCGGCGCAUUACCCGCUCGUCCAAAGUGCAUGCACUGAAUCGGUGCGAUUCGAUGGGAUCGUUGGGCCACCGUUCGCUCCUACAGUACCUGGAAACGGAUGAUCUAGCUGGACUAAAAUCAUUCCUCGGCACCCGCCACCUGCAGGUCGACGAUCGAGAUGAGAACAACACCACAGUGCUGAUGGUCGCAAGCGGCCGCGGUGCGACCCAUUUCGUGAAGGAACUACUGGCCCGGGGUGCCGAUGUACAGGCGCAGGAUUUGGACAGCUGGACGGCGCUGCACUUCGCCGCCAAGGCCGGCCAUGUCGGGAUCGUGGAGCUGCUGCUGGACAACGGGGCGGAGCUGGAGCACCGCGACAUGGGCGGCUGGACGGCGCUCAUGUGGGGCUCGUACAAGGGGCACACCAGCGUGGUGGCGCUGCUGCUGCAGCGCGGUGCCGACGUGCAGGCACACGGCAACUACCACCUCAACCCGCUGCUCUGGGCGUCCGGUCGUGGCCACACGGAGAUCGUGCGCCUGCUAGUCAACACGGGCGGGGCGAAGGUGAACGUUGGCGAUAAGUACGGAACGACCCCGCUGGUGUGGGCCUGCCGCAAGGGAAGCGCGGAGAUAGUGGACGUUCUACUGAAAGCCGGCGCGAACGUGGAUACCGCCGGCAUGUACUCGUGGACACCGCUGCUCGUAGCGGUCAGUGGCGGCUUUCAGGAAUGUGUCUCCCUGCUGCUCGAGCGCAAGCCAAACGUGAACGCCCUGGACAAGGACGGCAUGACGGCGCUCUCGAUCGCGUGCCGCGAAGGGCUCACCGAGAUCGCGUCGGCCCUGAUCGCGGCCGGUGCCUACCUGAACGUGCAGGAUCGGGCCGGCGACACGCCGCUGAUCAACGCCGUCAAGGGCGGACACCGGAGCGUGGUCGAGAUCCUGAUGAAGCGCCACGUGGACGUAGACAUCCAGGGAAAGGACAAGAAGACGGCCCUGUACACGGCGGUCGAGAAGGGCCACACCGCGAUCGUGAAGCUGAUCCUGCAGUCCAACCCGGACCUGGAGCUAUCAACCAAAGACGGCGACACCGCGCUGCUGCGGGCGGUGCGCAACCGCAACCUCGAGAUCGUGCAGAUGCUGCUGGAGCGCAAGGCGAAGGUGGGCGCGACGGACAAGCGAGGCGACACCUGUCUGCACGUGGCGAUGCGGGCCCGCUCGAAGGCGAUCGUGGAGGCGCUGCUGAGCAACCCGAAGUACGGCCAGCUGCUGUACCGGUCGAACAAGGAGGGCGAAACGCCGUACGCGAUCGAUGCGACGCACCAGAAGACGAUCCUCGGGCAGGUGUUUGGCAAUCGGCGGCUGAACGCGAACGAAGACUCGGAGGGUAUGCUCGGGUAUGGGCUGUACUCGUCGGCGCUCGCUGACGUGCUGAGCGAACCCACGCUUACCACCCCGAUCACGGUGGGACUGUACGCGAAGUGGGGCAGCGGGAAGAGCUUCCUGCUGACAGAGCUGCGGGACGAAAUGAAGAACUUUGCCCACUCGUGGUCGGAGCCGCCGAUCGACGCGUCCUGGCUGUUCUUUCUGAUCAGCCUGCAUCUGGUGCUGGUGAUCGGGACGGUGGUCGGGCUGGCCACCUGGAGCUACGUGUGGGGCAUGGUGACGGGGGCCACCCUGCUGGUGCUGAUUUACUUUACCGACAUUCUGCUAAAGUUCCUCGACCGUCGGUACGAUCUCGAGUGGCUGUACUCGCUCAACUACGGGCUGUCGCGCAAGCUCGGCCGGCUGCGGCUGAUACUGCAGGUCGCGUUCUGCCAUCCGCCCGGGCCGCAGAGCGACCAGCAACCGAUGCCGGUACGGUUUCACUUUGCCGAGGCGAGCGGGGCCGCCCCGAACGGUGAUGCGGCCGUGGCGCUGAUGCUGGCCUCGCUGUUCGACGCGAUCGAGGCGCACUACGGUUCGUUGGCGACCGGGCUUUAUCGUGCCUUUCGACCGAAACCUUUAAAAGCAACCGGUGGCUGGAAAUGGCGUAAAAUGUGCUGCAUGCCGGUAGUGCUGAUGUUCGAGCUCGGCAUGCUGGGCAUCCUGGCGACGGCCUCGCUCUCCAUCGUGUACUCCGAGUACGGGCUGGAGGGCCGGGAGGAGAUAGCGGUGGCGAUCUACGUCCUGCUGGGCAUCCUGCUCGCCGGCGCGAUUGCGAACCUGCACGCCUGGUCGAAGCUUAUCGGUGCCUUGUUUAUGUCGCAGGGCAAACACCUGAAGCGUGCCUUCAACAGCAACGAGGCGGCCCCACUGACGGCGCUCGGUGCCGAGGUCAGCCUGAUGACGGAUAUGGUGCGCUGUCUGGACGCGUUCACCGGCCAGCAGAGCCGGCUGGUCGGCGUGGUCGAUGCGCUCGAUUCCUGCGACACCGAGCGCACGCUCACGAUACUGAACGCGGUGCAGACGCUGCUGUCCGGGCCGCAGCGACCGUUCGUGCUGCUGCUCGCGGUCGAUCCGCAUGUGAUAGCGAAGGCGGCCGAAGCCAACAGCCGGCGACUGUUCACGGAGGGCGGCAUCGGCGGGCACGACUUCCUGCGCAAUCUGGUGCAUCUGCCGGUGUACCUGCAGAACUCGGGCCUGCGCAAGGUGCAGCGGGCCCAGAACACCGCCAUGUCGGCGUACCGGCGUGCCAUGCCGGAUCUGAGCCGGGACGACGAUCAGCCGCACCUGGGCCAUUCGGCAUCGGUCCGGCGGCUGUCGAACGCGUCGGAGAUUAUGUCGUCGCAGGAGAAGCUGCGCGCGAUGCCGAGCUCGUCCCGCGGGGGUAGCAAAAAGCUGCGCGUAUCCGACUCGAUCGCAAGCUCGAUCGGGUCGAACCUGCACAAGCUUGGCCAAAACCCGCCGGUGGAUCUGUCGAAAAUCAUUCUCACCGAUGAUUACUUCAGCGACGUGAAUCCGAGAAGCAUGCGAAGACUGAUGAACGUCAUCUACAUCACCGUUCGGUUGCUGAAAGCUUUCCAGAUCGAUUUCAGCUGGUACCGGUUGAGCUCGUGGAUCAAUCUCACCGAACAGUGGCCGCUGCGUGCUAGCAUGAUCGUGCUGGAACACGAUCAGGGCGGCGACAGCUUCGACGAUUCGGUUUCCCUGCAAGCUGUAUACGAUAAAGUGCGCCCGAAGCUGACGUGCCUGCGGGAAGCGGCUGCACUGCUCGAUCUCGAUCGCGACGAGCGCAAGCUGGACGCAUUUUUGCAGCUGCACAAGUCUGACCUGCUCGUGUCGGAUCUGCGCAUCUUCCUACCGUUCACCAUCAACCUCGAUCCGUACCUCCGGAAGGUGCUGAAAGAGGACCAGCAAGCGCUCGAGGACGAGGGUAUCAUCAUACCGAUGAAAACCGUACUGCCACCGAGCAAACCGAGCGGAUUCGUGCCGCACCAUCACCAUCGGGCGCCGGUUGGCGGCGUGCUGCAGCCCACCCCGCAGCAUCCCAACAAUCUGACCAACUGGCCCAACUUCUACAACCCGCAGCCGCAGGCAAUGGCGCUGAUGAGCUACUACAAUCAGAACUGGGCCAACUUCCCAGCAGGAGUUUACGGCACGAAUGCGCUGCUGGGUGAACCGCUGCCCAAACCGGGCUCUGUCGGCGGCGGCCCCAUCAUUACCGAGCAUCCGCCGCACGAACAGCAUUCCACACUCGGCAGCAACAGCGGUCGUAGCAGCAAGACCACCACCGGUGCCCUGCAAAAAUCCUCCAGCAACGGUCUGGCGACGAGUCCACCGAUCGAUAUCGACCUAUCGAACGUGCAGCUGUCCAGCCUGACGGUUGAGCAGCUGAUCGAGCUGCUCGAGAAGGUGAACGAUCUGAAACCGGCCAUGGAGCGUACCGCGCCGAUUCUGCGCGAAAAUGCCAUCUCCGGCCGGGUGCUGAUGUACUGCAAUCUGGAGGAGCUCAAGUCGGUGCUGCGGCUUAGCUUCGGGCACUGGGAGAUGUUCAAGCUGCUGGUGACGGCACUGCGGGAAGCGAGCGUAACACAACCGGCCAGCCGGAAGCUAUCCACCAAGACGACCUCGUUCGCGAAGGGGACGAACGAUUCGGUGGAGAUGCAGGAACCGAUCGCCCAGUCAACGCCACCGUUCGGAUCAUCGACGAGCAGCUUCCAGCCGAUCCGUCAAAAAUCCCAAAAUCUGCUGGAAAAACAGCCAGCAAAAGUGCAUGAUUACGAAUAUCUCCAGGUGACGCUCGAGGAGCAGAUGAUCUGCGGCGCACUGCAAACGCUGAACGAGGACGCGUUCGAGGAUGUGGUCAGCAGCAGCGAGCGGCCCAGCCCAACCGGUGAGAUGUUUAGCCAGUACCUGGCGCCAAUACGGGAAAGCUCGGAAAUCGGUUCACCGCCUCGCCUCACUUACAACCUUACUAACCCAAACCUGACCGAUCUGGCCGCCAGCAACGGUACGCUGAACGGUGACGACAGUGGCGUCGGUGGUGGUGGCAGCGUUGGCGUCGGCGGCGGCGGCGGCGGCGGCAGCACCAGCAGCGGCAGCCAUCUCGGCCUCCGGUCCGGUUCCGGCCGGCACAGUCGUUCCCACAGCCUGCAUGACGAUGCAUCGCUGACCAGCAUCGUGGUCAUUCCCACCUUCCUAACUACGUCCCCUAAUGGCGCCAGCAGCAACAACAACAACAACAACAACAACACCACUACCAAUAUCAACGACACCAAGCUCUAAUCAUUCCCGGUGAAUCGAUUCUGAUGUAUUACACAGCCGAAAGACGAGCUACUUCCUGUUGUAGCUGGCACUGUUGUUGCUGUUGUUGUUGAUGUGCUGUGUGUUAUUGUUGUUGUUGUUGUUGUUGUGGUUGUGUGGCCGUGUUGCUGUAUUAAUGCCACUGAUGGCGCGUGUUUGCUGUGUUGCUGUUGUUUGAUGUGCUUUUUCUUUCUCUAAAACAGACAAACUUACAUUCCUACAUACCCACAAACACGUCGAUGUGUGUGUGUGCAAUAUUAGACCCCAAGACUUUAGACAUUCUACUGUUUUUGCUACCGGUUUUCCGUUAAUUUAAAUAGCAACAUCGAACAAACUUGGACUCUUGGAGAGCCAAUAGUGUACUGGGGCGAGCGAGUAUUCUAACACGGAACCCCCACUUUUCCACCCCAACGCUCGCGUGCGCACAUCUCUCAACCACACAACCGCCACCCCACCUACCCCUGCCCCGAUUUUCGGCCACAAGUGUGCAUGAAAGCAAACACAAAGCACGAAUAACCGCCGUUCAUUUGAAUGGUGCAUUACACAAUUGGGCGGUUUAAGUUCCCGUAAGACAUCUGCAAACCCCGGGGGUCUACCAAAGUGAUACUAUACUGUGUAUAUGUUUUAGUGUGAGCGCGAGGGCACACAGCAAAGUUUGUGAAACGUGUAUUUUCCGAGCAUUUAUCGUGCCCCGCCUUCCAUUUGUGUGGUUUUUUCCUGUUUUUAGUAGCAAAAAAAUUAAAUAGAGCGACUAUAGCGACUAGAGGAGCCAGAUUGCGAAAACAGGAUCGCAAAUUACCAUUUUCCUUUCCAAAUGCGCGCUUCUGCGCUGCUGCAUGAGCUCGGUUAUUAGAACGAACCAAAUCACAGAGACAGGGAAGUGCUAGUAGUAAUGAGAGAGAGAGAGAGAGAGAGUUGGAGAGAAAGAUAGGGAAAAGAGUAGAGCUAGUGCCCAGAAAAAACCACACAGGAUCGUUCUUCCCUUGAACAACCUUUAAUGAGGCAGACGCGCGCCACUCAGUUCUCCGAGCACGGAGACGGGUGGGCGCGCACCAACCCCCUCCUCCUUUUGUUUUCUUUUCUAGCGUUAAGGAUAGAGAAAUUGCUUAACUAUAUUUAGACAAAUGUAUGUUUACCCGUUCAAGGAAAAGCAUUUAAAUAUAGCGUAACUUUAGUACCUUGUGCCAGAGGUGAAAGAACGAA